AUGUCCCACAACAUUCUCCUAACCGGCGCCUCAGGCUACCUAGGCGGCACCAUCCUCGCCCGUUGGAAAGAUGCGGCCCUCCCGCAACACGGAACCCUCUACGCUCUCGUCCGCAACGAAGACCAAGGCACACAAGUCCAGAAAUACGGCGCCACGCCGCUAAUUGUCAAUGUAUCCGAGCACAACGUCGUGACCAAAGCCAUCAUCGAGCAUGAGAUCUCGAUCGUCUAUUUCUUGAUAGACGCAUACACGGCGACGCAUCAACUCCCCAUGAUAAAGGCCCUCGGGGAGGUGCGGAGGCGUACCGGUAAGGAAGUGCAUUUUCUGCACACGACCGGCGCGAAACAGUUUAGUCGACAUGCGGGGGUUGACACGGGAAGUGAUUUAUCGGAUAUGGAUCCGGGGUUGUAUGAGUUGCAGAGGGAGGUUAGGUCGGGACAUGAGUCUGCUGAUCAGGUUGGUAUCAAUAUCCUACAUAUUUCAGGUGGUUUCUAA